GCGGGGACUGUUUAUAUGUUGCUAUACUGUUGUUAAAUAGCUGAAAUGAGUAUUAUGUGUUAAAUUAGUGUAGCUAAAAUAACAGCGAGUGUUCGUGUUUAGCGUGUGUUCUCCUUUAAAUGUCGUGCUGCGCAGAGGCAGCUGAGAUCACCACACAGUCACAGGAGAUGAUCGGCCUCAUCAGCGCUAACCAGCGGCAGUAAUGGACUGAUCUGUGUCGAUGUUCAGAUUUGUUGGCCAUGGAAACGGAUAUGAUACCGAAAUUCUCCUCAAAAGAUGAGGAAAUAGACUUCUGGAAAACGCUCACUUUCAAGUACAAGCAAGGCUGCCAGGAGGCUCAGGAGGAGCUGUGUGAGUUUCAGGAGGGGAGCAGGGAGCUGGAGGCUGAGCUGGAGGCCCAGCUGAGCCAGGCCGAGCAUCGCAUGAAAGAUCUGCACUCUGAGAACCACAGACUGAAGAAUGAGGUCGAUUCACUCAAGGAUAAAGUGGAGCAUCAGUACUCGCAGAGCUACAAGCAGAUCUCCAUGCUGGAGGACGACCUCGGCCAAACGCGCAGCAUCAAGGACCAGCUCCACAAAUACGUCAGAGAGCUGGAACAAUCCAACGACGACUUGGAGAGAGCUAAAAGAGCCACUAUUGUAUCUCUGGAGAACUUUGAGCAGCGUCUGAACCAGGCCAUAGAGAGGAACGCCUUCCUGGAGAGUGAGCUGGAUGAAAAAGAGUCUCUUCUGGUGUCCGUGCAAAGAUUAAAGGAUGAAGCCAGAGACUUGCGGCAGGAGCUGGCCGUGCGUGAGCGGCAGACAGAUGUAACCAGGAUGUCCGCUCCGAGUUCACCCACACAGGACAACGUGAAGAUGGACACUGCUGUGCAGGCUUCUCUCUCCCUCCCUGCUACACCUCUGAGCAAAGGGCUGGACAACGCCUUUGCCAAUCCGACAGUGCUACCAAAUGGCUACGGCAGCAACUCACCGUUGACUCCCUCUGCCAGAAUAUCAGCACUCAACAUUGUCAGUGAUUUACUCCGGAAAGUAGGGGCUCUGGAGUCCAAACUCGCUGCGUGCAGAAACUUCGCCAGGGACCAGAAAGCCAGGAAAGCGUACACUCUCGACAACAGCAAUGCGCUAAACGCCAACACGACUAACUACUCGCAGUCGCUCCAUACUUCAUAUUUUGACAAAGCGACAGAGAUGGUCAUAUUCCCUGCACUGAUUAUGGCAGGACCAUGAAUGGACUGGAAACCGGUAACCUGACAGCCAUCACCGUCCCUCCCGCUGCCUCCUCCACAGGCUUAAUGCCCCAGCACAAUAACC